UGUAACAGGAAUGCUGCUAGCUCAAGGGUGGAGACUUUCAGGGUUGUGCUGCCACCAUCUGUCAAUAGAGCCAAGAUUACCAUGGACAACAAUAAAUUUCAAUUCUCAUGGCUUAGCAUGGGGUUUUCCAUGCAAAGCACAUCAUUCAGCAAUCCCAAAUCUUAAUUUCAACUCCUCUACCGAUGGUAGUAGGAAUUCACCAUUACAAGUUUGCAGGAAUGUGUUCAAGAAACAAGCAGUUCAAGUUGUUUCCUCAGAUGUUUCAUCACCAAACAUGAUACUUGACUUGCUUGAUGCCUAUGAUGACGACUAUGAUGGUGUUGUUAUUAAUCCAGAUUGCUUACCUCCUAGUGCCAAUGCUUUUGCUUCUAUGCUUUGUGCUUCACUCUCUAAUUGGAAGAUAAAGGGAAAGAAGGGAGUUUGGCUAAAGAUACUAGAGGAACAAGCUGAUCUAGUUCCAAUUGCGAUCAAGGAAGGUUUCAGUUAUCACCACGCAGAGCCCGGCUAUGUGAUGUUAACAUAUUGGAUUCCUGAUGAGCCUUGCAUUCUGCCUGCUAGUCCCUCACAUCUAAUAGGUGUAGGUGGAUUUGUGAUGAAUGAAAAAAGAGAGGUGCUACUAGUGAAAGAAAAAAAGUGUCCUUGUAGAUGCUCUGGUAUAUGGAAGUUACCAACAGGAUUCAUCAAUAAGUCUGAAGAAAUAUUCACUGGAGCUAUAAGGGAAGUGAAAGAAGAAACCGGUAUAGAUACAACCUUUUUGGAGAUGAUUGGUUUCAGGCAUGCACACCUUUUGGCUUUUGAGAAAUCGGAUUUGCUUUUCAUGUGUAUGCUUAGGCCUCUGUCAUCAGACAUUAGUAUCGACGAGAAAGAGAUUGCAGAAGCAAAGUGGAUGCCUCUUGAUGAAUUUGUGGGACAAUCAUUUUAUCAAGAUGACCAAAUGUUGAAGAAGAUUAUCGAUAUUUGUAUUGCAACAUAUGAAAAUCAAUACAGUGGACUUACUGCUCAUGAGAUGACCUCCAAAUUGGAUGGAAAAUUGUCAUACCUUUAUUACAAUAACUUGAAGAAAAUCUGAAGAUAUUGAGUUCUCUUCCAAAUUAAUAAUAAAAAAUAAUAAUAAUUAAUAGAAGACCUGAUAUACUUGUAUUGAAUGCUAAGUUGUAACUUCAUUUCACUGCCAAUGUGGAAGAGAUGGAUUAAGAUAAUUUAUGUAAUAAUUACAUUUUAAAUGAUGAAUUAUGUCUUUGGCAUUCCAA